ACCCUACUAUAAGACAUUGAGUCCCUCCACUUGUCUUUCCACACAAACUCUUAUGUCAUGGAAUUAAUUUCCAUUGAAAUAAAAAACCCAUCAUGAGCACUCUUCUCCUAUUAAUUUUUUUUUUUUUCUGGAAUGAUCAGAAAAUAAAAAGAAUUGUGCCAGCUGCAUUCUCUGUGUUUGUUGUUUGUUAGUGGAAUCUGUUAGAGUUACAGUACUUCACUGCUUGUUUACCUGCAUUUAGUAGAAAAAAAAAAAAAAAGAAGAAGAAGAAAUGGGGCAUCAUACAUGUUGUAGCAAACAAAAAGUAAAGAGAGGGUUAUGGUCUCCUGAAGAAGAUGAAAAACUCAUCAAGUACAUUACUACUUAUGGUCAUGGUUGUUGGAGCUCUGUCCCUAAGCUUGCAGGACUUCAGAGAUGUGGAAAAAGCUGCAGAUUGAGGUGGAUAAAUUAUCUGAGACCAGAUUUGAAACGUGGGAGUUUCUCACCUCAAGAAGCAGCACUUAUCAUUGAGCUCCAUAGCAUUCUUGGCAACAGGUGGGCACAAAUAGCAAAGCAUUUACCUGGAAGAACAGACAACGAAGUGAAGAAUUUUUGGAAUUCGAGCAUCAAGAAGAAGCUCCAGCUUUCACAUGGAACAUUCUCUGAUCUCUCCAUCAUCUUUCCUAAUAAUAAUAAUCUCAUUGCUAAUCCAAACCCUAAUCCCUCUUUUGAUAAUUCCUACUCAUUCAAUAACCCCAAUGUUCCUAUUACUAAUAGUUUCAUGUCAAGUACAAAUAACUCAUCUCCCCUAAUUCAACAACUUGACCAAAUGAUUAAUAUUCCUAAUGGGGAUUUAAAUUUAAUCAAUCAAGUUGUGCCCUAUUCCCUUCCUAUGUCAUUUGACUCAAUGUCAAAUGAUCCAACAUGGUUUAAUUUCAAUUAUCCUCAUCAUCUUCAACAUGAUCUUGAAUAUAACCCUAGUGUUAUUAAACAAGACAAUUCCAAUUCCAUGUUCACCUCCAACAUUUCUUUGAAUUGUACUAAUGGGGAGAACUUCAUGGAUUCAACAAACGCGGAUAUCAAAAUUCAUCAAGAUUUAAUGAUGGCGCCUUUGCUGUUGCCCAAGCUUUCUGAAACGAUAAAGGGGAAUGAAGGUGGCAUUCUAGAAUCAACUCCUGUUGCGUCACAAUACAUUCACUCAAUGGCGAUCAGCAGUCUCCCAUGUACCAUCCCGACUGGUUAUACUAUGAAUCCACAUAACAAUAAUAAUGUGCACCGAGUCGUCCAUGAAAUGAAGCAGAUAGAAUCCGUACACAUGUCAUCAUCACCAUCUUCAUCUAAAUCUUCAGCAUCAGGUUCAUCAUCAUUGUCAGCACUUUCAUGCAGUCAAUUUAUGAUGAACCCUAGUAGCAACCUCCCUACAACUUGGGAUUCAUAGAGACAUACAUAUGUUGACAUUUAUAAUGAUCAUGAUGAAGAAGAUGGUAAGCUUUUUAUUUUCUAUUUCAAGAAUAUCAGGGAAUUAAGGGAAUUUUUAUGAUGAAGGAAUUAGUUUCAUAUUAUUAUUGUGCAGCUAUCAUUUUAAUUUGCAAAGAUAAAAGUACUUAGAACUUUAAUUGCAUCUAUGGCUUUUUAUGCAGUUCUUUUGUUCCCUUAAGUAGUGAAGUACUGCUCUUUCUGUAACAAUAAGUACUUAUGACAUCAAUAUUAUAAGUAGUUAAUUUUUAUGUCUUCC